AUGUUUUUUAAAUUAAAAUUAUUCCUUUUAUUUUUUAAUUUAAUUAAUUGUAAACAACAACAAACAAUUGACUUUAAUAUAUUCCCAACAGAUCAACUUUGUUUAAUUUGUCGGCUAAUUAUUGGAUAUUGGCAUAAUCAAUCUGGAGAUUUCAAUAAUACUGAACAAUUUAAAAAUGAAUUGCAAAAAACUUGUUCCAAACUUUUAAACGAAACAGAAAUUGAAAAAUGCAAAAAUGGAAUUAAUUUGGAGAAAUUAAAAGAAUUGGAAACAAAAAGUAUUGAGAAAAUAUGUAAAUUGGAAGGGUUUUGUGAAAAUGAAUUUCCGAUAAUUGUAAAUGAAAGAAAUCAACUUGAACACGAAGAAAAUGUUAAAAAAUAUUUGGAGAUUCCAAAGGUUUUUUUAAAUAUAAAUUUAUACCCACCCAGAAGAUCAACUUUUCUUUUGAUCAACACUAACCAGAGAGUUGAUCUUUUGGGUUAA